AUGCCGGACUUCACUGAUCGCCUCCGUCCCUGCCAGCCCGACGGGCCAACAACACUUGCUCGUGAGCGAGAGCAGUCUAGUGUUUCUGUGAAUGAGCUGGCACAACACUUACUCUCAGCCGACGGAUUUCUGGAGCGACAGGCUAGAGUCCUCCCAGUGUUGCAGCAAGAACCACUAUUCUCCAAAGAAAAACAACAAAACUUGUCGCGACCCGAACGCUUCAAACUAGGGCUGGCGCGAGCGAAGCUGCUCCGUCGACUGGCAGACAAACAUGCCUGGAGUACUGUCGACUAUAAAAUGGCUGAAUACCUGGUGGACGAUGUCUCACCAUAUUUACUACAGAUGGAGAUGUUCCUUACCACAAUCCGCGAGCAGGCAAGCGAGGAGCAGCGCGCAUACUGGCAGCCUCUGAUUGAGUCGUGGAAGAUCUACGGCGCAUACGCACAAACUGAACUCGGCCAUGGCAGUAAUGUUCGCGGACUGGAGCUCGAGGCGCGAUGGGAUAGUCGCACCAAGGAGUUCGUGCUGCACAGCCCUACUUUGACAGCCAGCAAAUGGUGGAAUGGAAGUUUGGGCCGCCUUGCCAAUCAUGCCAUUGUCGUUGCUCAGCUUCUUCUGCCUGAGCCAGGCUCUCCAGACAAAUAUGUGUCCCAUGGGCCUCACCCGUUCAUUGUGCAAGUGCGAGAUAUGAAGACGCAUCAGCCUCUGAAUGGAGUCGUGAUUGGGGACAUCGGACCGAAAUAUGGAUAUAUCACCAUGGAUAACGCGUAUAUGCUGUUCGAGAACUUCCGAAUUCCUCAUUCUGCGAUGUUAUCCCGCUAUUCCAGUGUCAACCCUGACACAGGUAUCUACACGAAGCCAGAACAGCCUGCAUUGGUUUAUGGAUCCUUGACCUACGUGCGCGCAAACAUCGUUCACCACGCGCGACUCGUCCUCGCGCGCGCGGUGACCGUUGCAGUGCGCUACACCGCAAUCCGUCGACAAUUUCAAGACCGCGACGGGGACAAGAAGGGACCAGAAAUGGCGGUCCUUGAUUAUCCUACCGUCCAAAUCCGCAUCAUGCCUCUGCUAGCAACUACUUUUGCUCUGCAUUACACCGGCCAGGCAAUGCGGACAGUAUAUGAGAACACGCGACAUGAGGUUGAGCAAGGCAAUUUCCGGACACUGGCGCAUAUGCACAGCAUGUCUUCUGGACUGAAGAGCCUUUGCACAAUGCUUGCGGCAGACGGGAUCGAGACGUGUCGGCGUGCGUUGGGCGGACACGGCUUUGGUGGUGGAAGCGGUCUUAUCCAACUCAAUAAUGACUACCUGUCUAAGCCCACGGUCGAGGGUGACAACUGGAUGAUCACUCAGCAGGUGGCUGCAUAUCUGAUUAAGAAGAUGACUGCCGCGGCCGAGUCGCCGAAUACCGCUACUGCUGACGAAACAGAUGCGCGGUUCAAGGAAUUCAUUCGAGCGCGAAGCAGUGCAAACCCACGCCCGGUUCAAUAUAAUGUUUUGAAAAACGAUCAAGAUAUUGCCAAGAGCUUUGAGCAUCGUGCCACUGCAUUGGCAUAUGACGCAUAUGAGCAGCGAGUUUUAGAGAAGAAGAACUGGAAUGAACUGCUAAUCCAACUGCACAAGCUGAGUCGAGCACAAUCCCAAUCGAUCUUGGUCUCCACGUUCUUUGAAGCUCUCUCCACCGACAAGAGUCUCUCUGGCUCCAACAAGACCGUGAUGUGGGAUCUGUACCGGUUAUUUGCCCUGUACACAAUGGAAAACGAGGGCUUCGAAUUCUUCCGCUGCAAUGCCGUCUCCCAAGACGACCUCAGCCGCCUUCCAGCCCGAAUCCAAGACUUGAUGGCGCGUCUUCGGCCUCACGCCGUGAACCUGGUUGACUCCUGGAAGAUUCCCGACUAUCUACUGGAUAGUGCACUUGGUCGAUAUGAUGGCCGUGUUUAUGAAGACCUAUAUAACCGGGCUCAUCGCCUGAAUCCGUUGAACAAGAUUACAUUCAACCCGAAUUACUGGGAAGAGGAGAUUGUCAAGGGGAGCGGGGAUAAUGGGUCGACUAUACUAUCCAAGCUGUGA